GUGAGCAUACUCCAACAUUUUGUGAAGAUGUGCUCCAUGCUGCGCUUAUUGGUGCUUAUAAGCAUAAUAGGAUGUGUUGAGCUGAUCACAGUCACAACUCCGCACAAAUAUGUCAAUGUUACAAAGGGAGAAAAUGUCCUUCUCCAGUGUAACUUUGAGACUAAUGAACCGACCACCAGCCUUACCAUCCAGUGGGACUUUGUUUCAUCGUCUUCCAUGUCCCCACAACAGGUGUAUUACUAUCAAGGAGGAAAGUCUGUCACUUUGAAAUCUUAUGAGGGCCGGUUUCAGCCUCCCCCUGAUCCCAGCAAAACCAAAAACGCCUCAAUAAUAAUCAGCGACAUGCAGCCAUCUGAUGCCGGAGUCUACACCUGUGAGGUUCACAACCUUCCUGAUGUGUCCGGACAGUCUCAGGUCAAUAUCCAUGUGAAAGUUCUCGAGAGGCCCUCUGUUCCUUAUUGCGCUGUCCACGGUGACGUAGAAUCUGGUCACCUGGUCACUCUGACCUGCCACAGUGAGCGUGGGAGCCCGACCCCGACAUACACCUGGAUCAGACUGGAUCAGACAAGGACAAGGAGGCCUAUACUGGGAAGAGUGACCAAAACUGGAAUAUUGGAAAUCAGAAAUAUAUCCCAGUUUGAGUUUGGGGAGUACCAGUGCAAUGCUACAAAUGCAGUGGGAUUUUCAACUUGCACUAUCGAGCUGAGUCCUGAAGCGGGAGACGGGGUGAUUGCUGGUGCAGUGAUCGGCGCAUUGCUCGGAUGUCUCCUGAUCAUCCUAAUUGUGUGGUUCAUCGCUCACACCGUGAAGAAGCACAAAUACAGAGCGCUCAAAAUGUCGGAGGCCAACGAGAUGAAGAGGAGCCCUCCACAGGCUCAGGAAGCCUCAGACAGCGUUCCCGUAGCAACCACAGCCGGCAACCGCCACGCUGAGGCAGAUGACCCCCAAGCCUAAAAAAAGGCCUGGUGAAAACAACUGGGAUGACGUCACAGUUCUGAACAACAGGAUGUUCAGUCUUCCAGAUACGUCAUUCUCAGAUUUAAUCAACAUGAUGAAGCUCAUGUCCGUGCUUUGUUACAUGUGUUGUGAAUCAAAAAAGUUAUUCUGCUCACAAUCAGUUCAGUCUUCUACAGCUUUUCUUGUGGUGUUAGACCACACAAAGCAUUUUUUAGUUUGUUCUUAGUGCUUUCAUUUGUUUGUCUUACCAUUUAAUAGUAAGUGUGACAAUCAGUGCAUAUUGAUGACUCAUUCGGUCUUAGAUAUACAUUACAUCAGAACCAAUAUCUGAAUUUAUUGUAAGAAUCAAAACAUGUAUGUAUGUUUAAUAACACUUGCAGAGUCUGCAUCAUGCAAAGGAUCAAUGUGAUAAAUUGAUCACUGAUGUCCUAAUACUGGGGGUUACAAUAACAUGUGUUUUUGUCUUUUACAGUUAAGUUUUUUGUUUGCUUGUUUGUUUUUUAUAGUAAGACAUUGUUGUUUUAAA